AAGUUAAUCAGCUCUAGAACUUCUUACCAUUUAACAUUUCUGAAUAUUUGAAGUAAAUCCGUCAAGUGGUUUUCCUGGAAUCGUGAUGACAAGAAAGUGAGAUGCUGCCCGCCGCCCACCAAGCUAACGACAAUAUCAUACAUUUUUUCAGGUACAUUAAAAAUGUACUGAAACAAAAUAUCCGAACAACCUAGAGUUAUUGCCUAGUCCUAUUAGCAUCGAAGAUUAGAUUGCAAUGCAUCGAAUGGCUUGUUAUCAUAUCCAUGACAACUGGGUAUUCCAGCAAUAUAAUAAGCAACAAACAUGUGUGCAAAAAUAUUAUCACAUAUUCUUUUACCAAUUAAUGACAUCCAAGAACCCCCCCCCAAACUUGAUUGCCAAAUUAAGCAUUUCUGCAUACUAUGCUCUCUAUUAGUGAUAAUAUCAAAGAACCCCUUCCCUUGCUCAUAAAAUCAAAAUAUAUUUAUGCACACUAUACUCUCAAACAAGAACAAAUAGAGCUGAGCUAAAUAAAGAGGGGUUAGCUUGUAAACAUAAAAUCCUGUUCCAGUUCUUCACCCUGGGACCUCCUCAAUGUAAUUGGUGAAUGGAUUGUAAAUAUUCCAAUGUCCCAGAUAUUAACCUUUUAUUGAUUGGUUAGGCUAAGUAAUCAGAACCAUCUUUUAUAUUUAUUAACCAACAAAUCAGGCCACUUAGCUUAGCUCAGCUCUUUGGGACAAAGUCCAGUCAAUGAAUUGUAAAAAUUGAUAACAGACCAUAAUAGGACUUUAUACUCCAAUGUUAGAACAGCAAGUCUGGGAUCUGCACCUGAAGAAGGAAAGAGACAGAGGGAGAUACUACACAAAAAGUACAUCAGAUGAGGAGAUCAAACUUCGAAGAGGAAGGAACUGCAUAUGUCAGUGGAACAAGGCUACCUAAAUAGAUUCCCAAAGUUAUAUCAUGAUAUACAGCAAUAUUAUUGUGGCUGCUACCUUACUGGUUGCAAUAGUGAUGGCUAAACAACCAAAUAUUGUGAUCAUGGUUGCUGACGAUCUUGGCAUGGGGGAUGUUGGUUGUUUUGGAAACGGCACUAUUAACACACCAAAUAUUGACCGCAUUGCUAAAGAGGGAGCCAAGCUAACGCAACAUCUAACAGCUGAGGCCAUAUGUACUCCAAGUCGGGCAGCUAUGCUCACUGGGCGAUACCCAAUAAGAUCUGGUAUGGCUUCGAGACCAAUGGCAAGAGUUCAUUUUGUUAUUGCCAGUGCAGGAGGUCUGCCACCUGAGGAAAUCACAUUUGCUGAAUUAGCCAAACAGGCAGGUUACAAAACUGCUGCCUAUGGAAAGUGGCAUUUAGGACUCCACUCAUAUACCACUGAUUUCAGCAGACAUCCUAAUAAUCAAGGAUUUGAUGACUUCUAUGGGAUCGGAUUAACCAACAUGAAAGACUUUGGAGAUGACCCUCGUAAUAAAGUGAUCCAUUUCAACAACCCUAACUUUGACAGGAAUAUUGCAAUCUCCCUGUUCAUUGGAAUCGUCACAAGUCUUCUUGUGAAAAAAUACAGUACGGUUGCAUUUGUGGUGCUGCUGACAUUAUCCCUAGCAGGACCUUUAACACUUAGGUUUGUUAUUUUCAACUUCAAAAUGCUUAAUUCUGUCCUGUAUAGAAACCUUGAAAUUGUGGAGCAGCCAGUGAGACUUAAUGGUGUUACCCAGCGCCUGGUUACAGAAGCAAAGGAGUUCUUAGCUGAACGCAAUUCUGAUGGGACACCAUUUUUGUUGUAUCUCCCAUGGUUACAUACCCAUGAUGCACUAUUUUCUGCACCGGAAUUCCGAGGUAAAAGUCGCCAUGGGUUCUAUGGAGAUAACAUUGAAGAACUGGACUGGGGAGUUGGAGAGAUUCUGAAUACUCUUGAUCAAUACAAAAUGACAGAUGACACAUUUGUAUACUUUACCUCAGACAAUGGAGGACAUGUGGAGAACCAUGAUCCAGAUGGAAGGGUAGAGGGAGGAUAUAAUGGAAUAUAUAGAGGUGGAAAGAUGCAGGGUGGAAUGGAUGGGGGUAUUAGAGUACCAACCGCAGCAAGGUUUCCAGGCAUCAUACCCCCUGGAAUAGAAAUAGACCAACCUACUGCUCUGAUGGACAUGCUACCAACCCUAGCAUCCCUAAUGGGAAUGGAUGUGCCUAAAGACCGGCAGAUAGAUGGCAAGGACUUACUACCCCUCCUGAAGGGGGGGAAGUCUGACACCCCUGUACAUGAGUUCCUAGUCCAUUAUUGUGGGCAAGUGAUACAUGCUGCCAGAUAUACUCCUGAACAAACUGGAGGGAUAAACACUGUUUGGAAGGCCCAUUUUGCUUUACCUAACUGGGUCCCUGGAACUGAAGGUUGUGCCUGGAGCUGUGCUUGUUAUGAUGUCACUUGGCAGAAUCCACCAGUUUUAUACAACAUCGCACAGGACCCAUCAGAGAGGCAACCUGUAGACCCAACAACUGAUAUAUAUAAACAAGUCAUGGAGAAAAUAAAUAAGGGAGUUGAGAAACAUAAACAAUCAAUAAUACCACCUGAAACUAACCAAUAUAGUAUCCCCAGAAUGUGGUGGUUGCCAUGGUUACAGCCAUGUUGUAAUUUUCCUUAUUGCUCAUGUACUGAUCCAAAGUACUCCUAAUAUAUAUGGUGAACAUAUAGCUAGUUAGUUGUGGCUAAAGCACAAACAAUGGAAAAACACAAAACAAAGUAAAUGAAGGAACCAUAUUAUUAUUAAACUAAUAGGACAUAACAAAUAUUUUGUAUGUAUGUUUAAGCAAAAGGAUUCGAGAUUUAAGAAGUUUUCAAAGUGCAUCGCCGCUUAUAUUAGUACAAUCAUUCAUAAAAGUAUUUAGAGCUUUAAUGUCCUAUUUAAGAACCCCUAUUCUUACUAUCGAAAAUGGAUUCUUCUAAUACUCUCCUACAUGAAUCUACUUGUUGAGAUCAAAUUGAGUUUCAGUAAGGGUAUAUUAACUUUACAUGGGGCUACAACUGACUUUAAACCUGCAUCAUACGAUAUAUAGCCAAUACACCCUUGCUGAAAUACUCAAUUUCCCAGAACUCAAGCUGAUCAAGUCUCAACGAGAUUCAUGUGGGAUAGUAUUGGUAGAAUCCAUUUUCUAUAGUAAGAAUAGGGGUUCUUAAACAAGACAUUGGGCUUGCUUUUUAGAACUUUUUGUUGGUUCUAGUUAUAGAAUACAGUACCUGUACUUUAUUAGGUUUGAUGCAUAUAUCAGCAUAUGCAUGGAGUUGAGUAGGAAGAAAGGAUUUUAUAUUCAAAAUACAUAAUUUCUAUAUAAACAUUUGAUUUUAUAUUUAUUUUCAUACUGCACUAAUUAUCCAAAUGAACGAAGUUUAGUAGGGAUAAAGUGAAGCCCUCCAUCAGUCAGUCAGUACAUCCGUCUAGAAAAUAACUCGAAUACUAGUGGAUGGAUUUUCAUAUUUGGUGGAAAGAUGUAU